UCUUUCCCUCCCUAUUCUUCUCUCACAAUUAUCAUAGAUUGAUGGACAAAGGUGGUGCAGGAGCGCUGCGUUUGGGCACCUCGGAAUCGGUCGGGUUCCUGGCAAGCAGGUCGUUCCUUAGUCCCAACCACGGCGGUGGGCUCAAGAGCAGGCACUCCAUGGACUCCGGCGACCACUUCCCGACAGCCAUCGAAUUCCCGGUCACCCUCAACUACCGCCGCGGGGAUACCGUAGAGGAUCCGCCUGGCAAGAGGCGGGUGGAUGAGAUGGAUUUCUUCUCUAAUGAGAAGAAAAGGAGCCGGGAGGAGCCCGAUCUCGACCUCAAGGUGCCGAGUCUGAGCAUCAAGAAGGAAGAUCUCAACAUCGAUAUGCGAUAUCCGUACACUGGUUUGAACCUUCUUACGGCUAAUACGGCCAGCGAUCAGUCGACGGUCGAUGAUGGGCUGUCUCCUCCUCAGGAUGAUAAAGAAGGCAAGAGCGAGUUGGCGUCGAUGCAAGCCGAGCUGUCUCGAAUGAAUGAAGAGAAUCAGCGGCUGAGGGGGAUGCUGAACCAGGUGACCACCAACUACAACGCCCUCCAGAUGCAGCUCGUUGUAUUAAUGCAACAGCGCAAGCAAAAGGAUGGAAGCUCACAAGAGCAUGAGGCUAUGGAUGAGAAGACUGAUGGGAAGAUCGUGCCGAGGCAGUUCAUGGACCUUGGUCUGGCCGCAAACACCGAUGAGCCUUCUCAGUCCUCAAUCGAAGGUGGAGGACGGGAGCGGUCCUCUUCGCCCACGAACAAUGUUGAAGCAGGAUCCAUGGAGUACCGCCUAAAGAAGAAUAAUGCUAACAAAGAGAUUGUUCCGUUGGAUCAUGAAAGAUCUAACAGGGACGACAGCCCUGACCCCUCGUCUGAAGGUUGGAACCCUAACAAAGCAUCCAAAUUAGCCUCCCCCAAGAGUGAAGAACAGACCCAAGAGGCCACCAUGAGGAAAGCCCGGGUAUCCGUCCGAGCACGAUCCGAAGCACCUAUGAUCACUGAUGGAUGUCAAUGGAGAAAGUAUGGACAGAAGAUGGCCAAAGGAAACCCAUGCCCCAGGGCUUACUACCGGUGCACCAUGGCGACCGGCUGCCCAGUUCGCAAGCAGGUCCAAAGGUGUGCGGAGGAUCGCUCCAUCUUGAUUACUACAUAUGAGGGGAAUCACAACCAUCCACUCCCACCAGCUGCCAUGGCGAUGGCAUCGACCACUUCAGCCGCAGCUUCGAUGCUCCUCUCUGGAUCCAUGUCGAGCGCCGAUGGAUUGAUAAACUCUAACUUUCUAGCAAGAACGGUACUUCCUUGCUCAUCAAGCUUGGCUACGAUAUCAGCAUCUGCUCCAUUCCCGACUGUCACGUUGGAUCUGACCCACAAUCCAAAUCCUCUCCAAUUCCAAAGGCUACCAGCUCAGUUCCAACUCCCCUUGCCAAACGGUACUCCAGCCUUCGGUGGACCACCUCAGCCCCCCGCUCUGCCGCAGAUCUUCGGGCAGGCACUGAACAGCCAGUCAACAUUUUCCGGCCUUCAGAUGUCGCCCAACAUGGACGGAGCCCAAUUCCCUCACCCUAAGCCGCCGUCAGCCACAUCACUGGCCGACACGGUGAGCGCGGCGACCGCCGCGAUAACGGCAGACCCCACAUUCAAGGCAGCCCUUGCCGCUGCCAUCACAUCCAUCAUCGGAGGUGGUCAUCAGCCAAACAGCAACAACAGUAGUAGUGUCAAUAAUACCACUAGCAACGGCAACACCAAGCCGGCCAAUUCGAAUUUUCUGGCCACCUAAGAAUAAUCGCAGAUGCCCUCGUCAAUUCCAUGCUUAAUUCCUCUUUCUUAAAUAUUAUGUUUUUGUUUUGAGGAGAUAAAUGGGAUCAUGUCUACAUGUUAAUUUUGUUUGCUAGUCUCUUGUUAAUUUUUGGACGGUGGAACUGCAUUCUUUUCUUUCUUUUUAUUGUUGGCAGUUUAAGAUAGACGAUUAUAAUGAAGACAAAGAGGAAGAUGUCCAAA